GCAAGAGAAAAGAAAACCCUCCUCCGCCAACGAACCUCUAUAAAUGCUUAACCCCAUUUCGUCCCUAGGGUUUCACAGUCGCCGAAGCAGAGCAGUCCCCGAGCCGCGAGAGGACCUCCGAUCACAGCAAUGGCGAGGAUUAAGGUGCACGAGCUGAGGCAGAAGACGAAGGCCGAUCUGCUGAGCCAGUUGAAGGACCUCAAGGCCGAGCUCGCCCUCCUUCGCGUCGCCAAGGUCACCGGCGGUGCACCGAACAAGCUCUCCAAGAUAAAGGUGGUGAGGCUGUCGAUUGCGCAAGUCUUGACUGUGAUUUCACAGAAACAAAAGGCUGCCUUGAGGGAGGUUUAUAAGAAUAAGAAGUACUUGCCCCUUGAUCUCCGUCCCAAGAAGACCCGAGCUAUUCGGAGAAGACUAACAAAGUACCAGGCAUCUUUGAAGACAGAGCGCGAGAAGAAGAAAGAGAUGUACUUUCCUGUGAGGAAGUAUGCCAUUAAGGCAUAGUAGGCAUACCGCUCAUGUUGCAUCGGAGCUUUGCCUUCUUGAAUCUCUCUUGGUUGUUCAAAGUUUCCGGUUAUCUUGAACGGCAUCAUGGUCGGAUGACGAAAAGACAACGAAAAACUUAGCUUUUGGCGCUUUAGUUGUUUCCCCCAUUGAGAACAAUUGUGAGGUUGUUUUUGACUUUAUAAUUAUAACUAGGGUUGAAUCCUCAACAAGUGAUGAUCAUGAUGUGAGAACCCCUGCUUGUGU